AUGUCAUCCUAUCCGUUAGUGUUUUCGCUGCGAAAAGGAGUGAUAAGACUGUCGUGUUGGCGGGCAGAAGAGGACGGUUCAUUACGGCUGCCGCCGAGCGUACUGAAUAACUCUGGCGGCCCCAGCCGGGGCGUCGGCGGCGGCGGCGGCGGCGUCGGCGGCGGUGGUGGCGCCUUUAUCUCGAGCGAAGAUUUCGGCGCCGCCGAGGGCGAGGCCGUGCUGACGGGUAAUCGGGAGCGGCGCUGCGCGGGGGCGGUGGGGGCGGCGCGGAGGCGGCGUCGCCUCGCCGGGCCGCCUCGUCUGCUCGGCUGUGAUCCGCGAAAACAGCCGCGGAACGGACCUCUUAAUUACCACGGAGGGCCGCGCCGGCCGGCCGUUCCACAACAACAACACAACUUGGUGCUUGAUCAAGAGCAGAGUCUGGGCUGCAGAGUCCAAGUCCGGUGUGGAAUUGUCACAACAAAGCGUUAUCUGAGCCGCGAGAAGUGGCGCGCCCGCGGACGUCAAGUGGUGUCGCGACCUCUGGGGGCGGGGGGGCGGGGGUGGUGGGGGCGGACGGCUGGGCCGGACAGCGCGGCCGCCGCCGCCGCCGCCGCCUCCUGCCCCUGGGAGAACUUUCUUGGCCCCGAGUCGUAG